AUGGACGACAAUUCUUCUCCAGGCGGCGACAUCAGCGUUUCAGACGCCGGCUUCAACUCCAGCGACCUGAACCUUGGCGCCGCCUUCGGAGAUCUCGACACCCCCCUGGGCUUUGCAGACCAGGCAUGCAAGGAGUGCCGCCGCCGCAAGUCCAAGUGCAACAAGGCCAUACCGACAUGCAACCUCUGCGUCAAAUAUCGAAGACACUGUCUAUAUGAGAAGCACUCGCGCACUCCAUUAACCAGAAAACAUCUCACUGAGGUCGAGGAGAGGCUCGAGAGGGCAGAGCAUCUCGUGCGACAGAUGCGCGCAGUGCUGCCGCCUCAUCUGCUGCCUCGGAAGAACGCCGCUCCUGCUCAGGGACCCCGGCCAACUUCCAGUGAUCCGUCCUUCGACUUCAGCAAGAUCGAGCAGCCCGGCUCAUCUUCCCAUUCUUCGGACGCCGCCGAUGGACAGGCCCACAUAAAGCCCGAUCCAUCCGAUGAUGCGCCCUUUGAUGCUGAGCCAACCCCUGGAUCGAUUGCAACGCCUAAUCCAUCAGGCGCAGAUGUGAAGCCUGCCAGUGAGCAUGGGCCUCCAAGGGAACCGGGGCGCCUCGCGCCCCACCGUGUGCCUCAGAGAGGCAUGUCUACCAUCCUGGAGAGCCCGCCAGUGACCGAUGACUUCGAAUGGGAUGAGCAGGACAACAUGGUGAAUGCUGCAUUCUCCCCCGACAUGAACGAUGCUGAUGACGCGGCCCUGGACGGCAUGGCCUCACUCACUGUAAGCGAGAAGGAAGGUGGUUAUCUCGGCGUGGCUUCUGGGGCUGCUUUUAUACGGCUGCUGGAGCCCAGCAUGAGGAGGAGGUCCAACCAGACGAGGUCACGCCCAUCAAUGACCUCCUACCCGUCCUUGACGAUGCAACCGAACCCGAACCGCCAGAUCGCCGAUAUCAUGAUUGACGCCUAUUUCAAACUCUUCCAUCUCAACUAUCCCAUCAUCCACGAACCGACCUUUCGGGCCCAGUUUUCCGAGAUCAUACCACGGCCACACGGAGAUCCCUGGCUCGUCCUCGCCUAUGUUGUCGCAGCUAUCGGUGUUUGGAGCUCCGCAAAGACAUCGGACAACCUCGACCUCACACUUUUCGCGCAGGCCAGGUCCAUCUUGUCGUUUAACUUUUUGGAGCUCGGCAACUUGACUCUAGUGCAGGCACUGACUCUGACGUCAAAUUACCAACAAAAGCGGGAUCGGCCAAAUUCUGCAUAUAAUUACCUGGGACUGGCCGUGAGGAUGGCCAUGGGUUUGGGCCUGCACAAGGAAUUUCAAGGGUGGAACAUUUCGCCAUUGAACAUGGAGAUACGUCGCCGGGUCUGGUGGUCUCUUUGCGUUUUUGACUGUGGCGCAACUAUCACCUUUAGCAGACCGCUUACAUGGCCCUUCGAUGGUGUCGAGGUAUCUCUGCCAAGGAAUGUUCACGACAGAGAGCUGACGCCGAAUUCACUCAACUAUCCUCCCGAGACGGAGGAUAUCACACCUUACACUGCCGUACGAACGCAAGCAGCCUUUCAUGUUGCCACAAAUUUCAUCUACAGAAGAGUCAUUGGCAAGCCUCUACCUAGCGCUGAAGAGCUUGUGGAACUUGACAAAGAGCGCAUCGAGCCGUGGAUUAAGAGCAUCCCUCCUUAUUUUGCCGAGUCCGCCAAAGUCCCGCCCAAGUACACCUUCGCGCAUGUCACCAUAAGCUGGCGCUACCGCAACUUCAGAAUCAUCAUGUACCGACCAUUUGUCAUCCGUAAGGCUUUCCGAGCCCGAGAUGGCCGAAACUUGGAUGAGACUCCGGCGAGUCUGCACGCAUACAACACUUGCCUGGCUGAUGCCAAGUACACCAUCCAGUCCAUUAGUAAUUACUGGGUAAACAGUGAACAGGGUCGGAUGGCAGCGUGGUAUGCCCUAUACUUCAUCUUUCAAGCGGCCCUCAUCCCUUGUAUCUGCCUCCGCAACCUACCCCUGUCGGAUCAGGCCGCCGACUGGCGCCAGCAGAUCAACACGACCCUGCAAAUUAUCGCGGGCCUUGCGCCGUUGAACGCCAGCGCCCAGCGGUGCUACGGUGUCAUCGCCGAGCUGUGCGGGCGUUACCUCGACCACGUGCCUCCACCAUUUCCGCAAGCAUCGCCCAGCCCGCAUGCCGCCAUGCCCCCCUCUUCCAUGGGAAGGACACCAUCCAACGGCCAUAACAUGGCGGCUCACGCCAACAGCAACAGCAGUCACCACCACCAUGGCGGUCACCAGAUGCAGCAGCAGCAGCAACAACAACAACAAGACCCCUACCAGCAGCAUAUGGACGAGAUGAUGCUACCGAUCGAUGAAAGCCCUCAGACGCAGAUGAACAGCGUGUACCCUAUGAUGUGGCCCAACGUCCCAGCGUUCGAGGCGGCGGACCAGUUCAUGGACGACGCCUGGAUGGAUUUCCUGGGGGCCGAGGGCGGCGCGACGCCAGAGCGGGGCUGGUAUGGGCAGUAA